AGCAAACUCGAUCCUGGCCAGCUGAAUGCCCCAUCCUUGCGACUGGAACUCUUGGCACUUUCGGGUCGACUCGGAUCCUUUCGUCCUUCCACGGCAUUCGUGUGUGGCCUCCGGACUCGUGGCCGCCUGCCAGGAACCCCAAAACGUUUUCGGGCGCUGUGCUGACAACAUCCUCGCAGGACCAACGAGCGGAUGGUGCGUCCAAAAAUCCUCCUGCUCUGUACAGCCAUCCUCUGAGCCUUAACAGCCGUGGAGCGAAGUCUUCGAAAAUGUAAACAAAAGCGACGCAGGCGCAGCAGUCACAACUCUCUCUCCCUCUCGUUCCUCAGGAAGUUCUUGGAAGUGAAAGCCGAGCUUCCAGGACCUCGCAUCCUGUUCGUCGCUCGGUGCUCGGUGCUCGGCUUUGGGCCCUCGGCAGUCGACUGUCGGCUGUCGGCUGUCGGUUUUCCAGGCAUCCACAUCCUGGCCAGGCUCAGAGGCAGAACCAGAACCGUAAUCAGAACUAGUAUCAGAAUCGGGCUCGGCCAGCCAGCGCUCACAACGGCAGCGGAGUGCGCAGCGUGAUGUAGUCCAGCUCCGGCUGCAGACCGAUAUCGAUAUCGAGAGCCAGCUCCAGAUUUCGCAGCGGCCACUCAGGGAAACUUUUCCACACUCGAGCACGCACACAGGAACACGAGACGGCGAGUCGGAAAAGCGGAAAAGCCUCAGACAAAUGGCCAGGAAUACUAGCAGCGGCAAAAGCAGCAAGCGCAGCAGCAGCAACACCAGUGGCAAAAAACCGACGGAGCCGUGAAAGGAAGCAGAAAAAAAAGAAGAAAAUUAAGGAAAAACCCGAAAGAGGAGGCGUGAAAAAUACCACAAGAGGCGGGGGUGUGUGUAUGUGUGUGUUUGUGUGUGUGUGUGAAAAUCUAGGGGAAAUGGAAAUGCCGAGGCUUCUGUUAGCCACGCCAGCAGCGGAAGUAGCAGCAACACCAGCGGAAACAGCAGCAGCAACCUGAAUCCGCGCGCCCGCUCCCAAAAAGAAAUUUCUACGCUUUCUCCGUUCCGUGUUAAUUGUUAUUAAUGUAUAGUGUAUAUAUAAAGUUGUGUGAUACAAAUGGAUCGCGAAGAUCUGACAGCAAGCGAGAAACUCUAACCUAAACUCAGUCUAAAUCAAAAGCGUACAACGAUAACAAACGGUUUUGCAAGUGAAACGAUAACACCAAGCCAACCAAACCAAACCAAACCAAACGAAACCAAAGCAAACAAAAUAAAAGAAAAGAUAACCAAAAACCAAAACAACCAAAAUAAACAACAUUAAUCCAACGGGUCCAAUGUUGCAGCCAACAACAUGCAGCAAACAGCAACAGCAGAGGCAGCAACCAGCAAUCGCAACAGCAGCAGCGGGAGGAGCAGCUAAAGAUCAUGGAGCCUUAGCAGCAGCAACUGCAGCAACAGCAGCAGCAACUGCAACAGCAGCAGCAGCAGCAACAACAAGAAGCCGCAACAGCAACAACCACACUUGGUGCCACAGCGACAACAUGUUGCCAGUAGGUUGCACCAGCAGCACAACGAUAGACUUCAAUAGUCGCCGGCGAAGGGGGCGCCUACGAUUCAAUGGCCACGCCCCCUUUUCCCAGGCGGAGAACAACAACAACAAGCAACACCAAGCUACGAUACUGGACGAGUGUGUAAAUAUUUUCAAGCGCUUAGUAUUAUUAACAUUAAAAACAAUAUCAGCAACAACAACAACAACAACAAUAACGAAAGCAAAGACAAGAAGCAGAACGACGGCGGUGGUGCAACCAGCAACACCUGCAAUGCCCGCCGCUGCAACUGCAACUGCAACAGCAACAUCUCGUGGUGCCUCAGUGGAGCUGCAGCAGCUCCAGCCAAGCAGAAAUCGCUGCAGGAAUCGCUGCCUUCGCCUGCCGAUCUACAGCAUCCUGCUGAUCUGCUUGACCACCCAGGGAUUGGGAUUCGGAGAUGCCGCCAAGCCAAAGUCGGCGAAGCAACACUUCGGCGGCAGCAGCAGCAACAGCAACAACAACAGUCCGAAUCAGAACCAAAACCACAACGAUGUGUUGGGCGGAGUGGGUGCCCCAUCGCAAACAUCCGGCGAGGAUGAGGCGGAGAUUAUGUACCCCUUCCAGUCCGGGGAGCAGAUGUUCGGCUUGGAGGAGGACCAGGAUCCCGACCAAGAGCUCAACGCCAAUGCAGUUCCCGGCUCCGACGAGGAUAAUGCGGCCAAUCAACGAGGUAUCAAUGACACGCACAACGAUAACUCGACCUCCACGAAAACGCCACUAUUCCCGAAAGACCUAUUCACGAAAGAACAGCUUGAGAACGGCGCUGUCAUCCUGCACAUCAUAGGUGUGAUAUAUAUGUUUGUGGCGCUGGCCAUUGUCUGCGAUGAAUUCUUCGUGCCUUCCCUUGACGUAAUCAUUGAAAAGCUCGGCAUCACGGACGAUGUGGCCGGCGCGACUUUUAUGGCGGCGGGUGGCAGUGCCCCCGAGCUCUUCACCAGCGUGAUCGGCGUUUUCGUGUCGUUCGACGACGUGGGCAUUGGUACGAUCGUUGGCUCCGCAGUGUUCAACAUCCUGUUCGUAAUUGGGAUGUGUGCCCUCUUCUCGAAGACGGUGUUGUCGCUCACCUGGUGGCCUUUGUUCCGCGACUGUUCGUUCUACAGCAUCAGCCUGCUGGUGCUGAUCUACUUCUUCCGGGACAACCGCAUCUUCUGGUGGGAGGCCCUCAUCCUGUUCACCAUCUACAUCGCCUACGUGGCCUUCAUGAAGUGGAACGUCCAGGUGGAGACCUGCGUCAAGAAGAUGAUUACCAAAAACAAGGUGACUCGCGUCAGAAGUACAGAUCAACUUAUGCCAGCAGGUAAUGCGGCGAACUCCUCGGAAACAUCGAUGGCCACCCAGCCGGGCGGAUCCGUGACCUCGAGGGCGGCCAGCGAAACCCGAUCGGGUCCGCCCGGAUCGAGCAACGCAGGUGCCACAGGUAAUAGCAGCGGCGGGGGCGGCACAUCGGGUAGUACUCAGACCGGUGCCAAGUUCCGCCACGGCCUGUUACAGCUAAUGAUACACACGAUAGAUCCACUACACGAUGAUGAUGUUCCAGGCAAAGUGGACGAGAAGGCGACGCAGCUGCACGCGAUUGCCUCGCUGAAGGUCCUGCUGGAUGCCACCAAGCCGCAGCGCGGUGGUGCCACCACCUCGGCGGCCAACCACGUCAAGAUCAACCUCAAGGAGACCACGCUCGCCGAUCGUCCCAAUGGGAACAUCGACACCACCCUCGACUCGCCAUCGUUGAGUGGUCGACGUCCUAGCUGGAUUGAGCAGAGGGUCAAAAUUCAGACACGCAAAUUUAGCAUCAAAGCGCCUGAAAUCGAGGACGAACCGGAACCCCUCAGCAUGGCCUGGCCGGAUACGGCGCGGAAGAGGCUCACCUACGUCCUGGUGGCCCCGCUCCUGGUGCCCAUGUGGCUCACACUGCCCGACACGCGGACGCCCCGCGGCAAGCGCUUCUUUCCGGUCACCUUCAUCGGCUCCAUCGUCUGGAUCGCCGCCUUCUCCUACCUGAUGGUCUGGUGGGCCAACGUGGCCGGCGACACGGCGCGCAUUCCGCCCGAGGUCAUGGGUCUGACCUUCCUGGCGGCGGGCACAUCCAUUCCGGACUUGAUUACCUCGGUGAUUGUGGCACGCAAGGGAUUCGGCGACAUGGCCGUGUCCAGUUCGGUGGGCAGCAACAUAUUCGACGUGACGGUGGGCCUACCGAUCCCUUGGCUGCUGUACGGAAUCAUCUAUGGGGCACCCGUCGAGGUGAACUCGGUGGGCAUGGUUUGCUCCAUAACCAUCCUGUUUAUGAUGCUGGUGUUCGUGGUGAUGUCGAUCGCCUGCUUCCGCUGGCGCAUGAACAAGGGGUUGGGCUUCACCAUGUUCCUGUUGUAUUUUGUCUUUGUCGCCGUCUCGCUGAUGUUCGAAUACGACCUUAUCACUUGCCCGUUUUAAAGCGUUUGGAGCAAGGACAAAGACAAAAGCAGACAGCAGUUACCGAAUUACCAAGCCAUCGAACUACAAGGACCUUCCGUUCAAAAAGGAUGUCCACAUGCCGCCGAGGACGAGACAAGGAUCCUCCGCCCGUCUCUCUCACAACCAAUUAGCUAAAUUAUAUACAAGCAAAUUAAUGAAUGAUUAACAAAUUAAUUAACAAUGGACUAAAGCUAAAUAAUCGAAUUGUUAAACAAACAAACACACCGCCACACACACAACCACGAACAUUAACUCACAGAUAUACACACCAGCAUGAACACACACACACAAACACGAAUAACGAAAUCGAAAACUUAACGUUAACAAAAAUGCGAGUUAGUUAGUGCCAGCGUUUCUUUUUCGAAAGACAUUUACUUUAAAGUGUUUAGCGCGCAGCUUUUUAACGCAACGCAGCCCCCAAUCCAAUAAGUCCCUAACUCUACGAAUCUUUGCUCCCAACUAUCGUAUCUAUCCUACGACCUACUUACCUUACCAAAAACUAGCGAGAAGGAGACACGAAAAUGGCUUCCCAACCACUUACUAACUAUCUACCUAACGUUUGGGUUUUAACUACAAGCAUAAGCAAAAACAACCAGCAAACAAAAAGUAUGUAUCUACGAAAUAUAUAUGAUUAUCUCUCGGCACAAGGCACCCUAUAUACGGUACGAUACGAUACGAUACGAUACGAUACGAUACGAUACGAUAUGAUACGGUACGAUAAAGGAAAGCAGCCUCCAGCAGUUUUUUUGUUGAGCUCUUUCAGUUCAGUCGAUCGAUCGAUCGAUCGAUCGAUUAAUCGAUCAAUCGAGCAGAAGCCUUUCAUUUGCGUGCUCUACUAAGAUUUCUCCUAAAAGCUUUAUCCAGAGCCUAUCUAAAACUCUAUCUAGUUUACGACUUAUAUACAUAAUACUUAUAUACCCACUCACACGCACACACUUACAUGGCAUAUUAUAUAUUGACCUGUAUUGAUUAAGUGAUAAUUUGCGUACUUAUUGAACAAGCAAGCGAACAAAUCGAAACAAACUCUCAAAGUAAGCUACAAUUAUACUCGAAUUCAAACGCUAAAGCGAAGCGAAUGUAGGGCAUUCUUAAAAGACAUUUUGCUAAUAAGCAUUUGCCAUACAUCCAGACCAGAGCAUUAUGAUUAUCGAUUUCAGUCCGAUGCUAAUUCUAAUUCUAAUUCUAAUUCUAGUUAUGAUUAUGAUUAUAGUUCUGAUCCCGUUUCUAGUCCUAAUUCUAAUUCUGAUUCGUGUUGGCGAGGAGCAGAGUUUAAAUUUAACUUUAAAUUGAAGCCAUAUUUAUUAUAGACUACUUCGAAUCCAAAACCAAAAACUAAGCCUACAAAAACCACAAAAAAAAAAAAAAAAAACUAAUUUCAUAUACUUUUUGCUUAAUGAAGUCCCCCAAGUACAUAUAUAUGAGCAUAUUAACGUAUUUAUAUAUAAACGACAUAUAAGACGAUAUUUAACGAAAUAUGAAACAAAAUCAACUUGCUCUCUUUAUUUAGAAGGUACGUAACAUUUUUUCUAAACUAAAACCCUAAACUCGUAAAACCAAGUGGCCGCAAAACCGAUGAAAUGCAAAUGGAAAAGAAACCCAAAUAAUUUAACAUUAAACGCAUACAUAUAUACACCUUAAUAUAAACAUACAUAUAUAUAUAUAUAUAUAUUUUAUAUAUACCAGAAGAUAACUUACUAUAUAUAUAUGCAACUAUACUUAAGUAGGCAAUGUAUCUAACGGAUAUCCAGACGUUUGCAUAUGGCUCGCAGUCAAGUUAAGGAAGCGACAGAACAACACACAGAUACAGAUACAGAUACAAAAACGGAAACAGAAACAGAUACAGAUACUAAUACGAACACACACGCAAGUACACUCAGAACAGAAAGCAAUAAUUUUUAUUACCAGUGAAUUAGAGGAGACAGCAAUGGCAUCGCACUAUUUGCAUACUCCUAAACGUACGACAUGCGAAUCUCACUGCAAAACUGUGAGAAUCGAGACCCAAGCGCAUCGGAAAUAAUUAUAAACGCAUUCGAAUUCGCAGAAUAUAUAUACUGUAUCAACUGAACAAUGCGAUUGUGCAGACGCAGAAGCAGAAUUAACGUAACUAAGUGGCUGCUCUUACACCCCAUGGGUGCAGUGCAUUCGAUUGCACACAGACAUAAUUAUAUAUAAAUAAAUAAUAAUAAUAAUAACAAUAAUAUAUGCAUGUAGGAUACGGACAAGUCAGAGGUCGCAAGCAGCAGAACAGGAGCAGGAUUGUCAGGGAACGAGGUGGAGACAUUGUAUAAAACUCGAUAGAGGCUUACUUCAGGUCAUACCCUCUCCACACAAAGGACACCACAUCCACUCAUUUGCCCAAGAGAAGUCCUUGCAGAAAUCCAGCAGAGAGUUGGCUGAGAAAUUCUUUAACAUUCUUCCAAAAAAUUCCAAAUGAUUCCAUCAAAAAUUUUCCUAAAAAAAAAAUUAAAAUGUGUUUAGCCCAAAGCAAUCCCAAGAAUAAAUUAUCCAAUUCUUUUUAUCUUACUUAUAUUAACUAUAUCCUCAAUAUUUACCUUAUCUAAAUCUCUUUUCAUAAUGCUUUUAAUCUUUACAAAUUGAAAAAACCUAUUUGCUUUUUUUUUUAACCAGAUCUCCAAUUUUAUCUAAUCAAGAAUUAAUAUUACCUUAGAUUAGGGUAUGGAACUGGAAAUAUAAAUCUUCUUGAUUUUUUAAAUUAGAUUUUCCUAUCUAAUAUUUCCUUUCUUGUUUUAGGAUUAAUUUGUAUUUUUUAUGAUAGAUCUCUAUACUUCUUAUACAAUUUCUUAAACUUUCUAAUCCUUCUACAAGUUUCAUCUCAGCCACUCGAAGCGUUUCUCAUCAAAGCUCUCAAGUCCAAAAUUGUCGACUUCAGUCCUUCUAUCUUGAUAAGUACGACCUUAAAUCGUAUAUAUCCCAACUAGCAAGCUCACUUCUCACGAGUAGAUUGCCUCGGUCGCCAGGCUUUAACAGAGACAACUUCCAAGAACAAACAACAAAUAAACUUAAACUUUUAUACAUGCUGUAUGUUAAACUAACGACAACAAACGAUACAUAAACAAACUAAGUCGAAUAGAAAAACCUAAAAAAAUAUCUUCCAAAUUAACUUUAAAACCAAGUCAUAUUUAUUAUAUAAAAACAAAAUACUUGAGAACGAAACACUCACACUUAACUACAUCUUAUUAGAACCUAACAAGAAAAUGGAAAAGCACACCCAGCAAUUACUUGUACUGAAGAUUUCCCUUACUCACUCACACACCCACUCACAUCUAAGCUAUCACACACGCAUUCAAACAUAUCGCCCCACUUUUCUGACCAAAAAGGUACAAAAACCAAUUUCCCGAGAGAAAACACCAACCGAAUUGAUAAAUUGUUAACGAACCUAGGAGUUUUACUUUGUGAUCGAAACGAUUGUUCCAAGGAACUUCUCUCACUCCCGCUUAUCUCACAGUGAAUGGUUAAUCAAAAAUUAAAGGAUAUGCAAUAAAGAAAGCUUUCAUUAAGCAAAUAACCAAAAUCCUAAAUCCUAAAUUCCCAUCCAUUAAUAAUCAUCAUCCUAUAACGCACACAUACCACACAAAAUUGUCGAGUGGCGUAGAAGUCUCGCUUUAAAGCAACGUAAAUAAGAGGAAAUAUAUACAAGAAAUAUAUAUAUACAGAUAUAUAUAUAUAUGAAAUUGUUAUGGUUAUAGAUUUUUAACAAGUUGAAUAAUUGCGUAAAAGUAAAAGUGAAACAAAAACACAAAAAAAUUGUUGAAACAUUAGCAAAAGCGUUCAUAAAACAUAAACGAAGCGUAAGAAGGGAAAGUAAUAAUAAUAACGAUAAAACGAAACAGAACAAACCAAAUCGAAUCGAAAGAUAUAGUAAUGCUAUAUAUACUUUAUGAAAUAUUUAACUAUGAAAAUAAAAAUCAUUGUUUGAAAUUAAAGUGAAAAAAGUAAACUUAUAAAAAAAAAACCAAAAAAAAAAAAAAAAAAAAAAAAGAAACCAAAAUUUGUGUUUGCUAAUUUUGUGUCCUCGACCAAAUUUUUGAGUUUGCAGAAAAAUCCAACCGUAAGUAUACCCAAUUGAUUAUUGUGUUUUAAACGUAAUUGGCAUGAUUAGCAAUUCGAAUUUCGAUGUUUUCAAAUAAAAUUAGCAAACACAAGCACAGACCAUUCGAAAGCAUUUCUAGAGAUCUGGCCGAACUAAUCACGCUCUUAAGUCAAUCACCUAUAACAAUCGUCUUGAUCAAGAAAUACCGAUAUACCACAUAACUAACUAACGUCUACGAUAAACAAAAAACGAUAAACGAUAAACGAACGAGCACAUAAUCAUUGAUUUCAGCUUUAAAUAAUCUACGAACUAGACCUUAACCUAAGCGUAUAUGGAACACACGGAUAUUUAUUAACUUUUAUAAACCAGUAUAUGUAUGUACCAUAUAGCGUGUCUGUGCGAUCCGCGUGUGGAUUACUUUUUUAAUACUUACCGAUUAAUACGAUUACGAAUACAAAUAGAACACGUGAAGUGCAAUGUAUGCAAUACUUAUAUUCAAUUAUACAAUAUUUAGAGACCGUUUCAAGUUGCGUCCGUUGUUUAGACAGAGAAACACAGCAAAACAAUAAAUUGUCAGUCAGUUGCCAGCGGCUUUGAUUUGUUUUCUAUUUUUUAAUUCCGAUGCGAGGCAUCCAAACGAAUACGAAGCAAAUAUGAUAUAUGAAUCCAGUAAAAAGUAAUAGUUAACAUAUUGGUAGACUAAUUUAAAGAUUUUAUAGUGUUUUCAAAUUUAUAAGUAUAUAAGCCGGAUGCGUUUAUUAUUUGUAAUGCCAGCGAUCAGCCGAUAUAGCGCGAAUAAAAACAUAUAGCCGUCGUGUGUAAUACAGUUAUCAUUACCCACCAAAAGACAUUUUGCGUUGUUGAGUUUCGAUCGUUGUAAUUUUGAAUUUUACCUUACGAAUGUGUAUUUUUUCGAAAAAAAAAAAACACAAGCGGACCGAUCGAUAUAGUGGCAUGUAAUUAGUGCAGACGGGUGUGUAAUUUUAAUAGCGAACAAUGAGAGUAUUAUAAUAACAGACAUUAAUUUUAACAACUGAUACGCUUCUAGCACAUAAGAUUGUACAAAUGAUUUAUAUAUGAAUAAUACGAUUAACCAUGAAAGGAAAGCAGAGCAAAAGAGCUAAAGUCGGUUCAGAUAUUCAGUUGAUCCCGUCUAAAAAUAAACCCUUAGUCAUCGAAGAAGUAGGUGACCCCCCAUCCCCAUCCCCAAGAUUCCAGAUUCCAAUCCUAUGCUGAACUCACAGUAUCUUUGUGAGAGGCCAGAGCGCUCGGAUGAUGAAUACAUAUGGUGUAAUACAGCGAGUUAUUUACUUUAUACAAGUACGUCUAGUUAACGACAUUUAGAUUUUAUACAAAACACACCCAGACACACGCAUUCAUUAGAUUACCAGGCCCCGAAAACCGAACCAAACUCCCCAGCAAACUCAUUAGUUAACAGAGAUCAUCAAAAAAAAACAAACCGAGCGAGGAGUAAAAGCAAAUCAAAUAUAUAGUCAAUUUCUAACGAUACAUGCAAACAUAUAUGGCUGGCACUCAAGAUAUAUAUAUAAAACAAAAGUAUAUGAAGUUAUAUAAAGCAUUUUAAGGAUCGUAAACUGGUAAACUGGAAUAAACUGGCGCAGAAAUAGAGCGGGUUGGAAACCACACUUAUGUAAAUCAAAACGAAGCUAUAGCGAAUAAACCGAAAUGUUAACUAGUUAUUUAGGUGAAAUAUACAACAAACCACACUCAGAUGCAGAUGCUGAGCCAGAUGCAAGUGCAGAUACAGAUACAUUUACAUCGAACCGUUAACAAGGCUUUGAAAGCUCAGAAGAAUUACUCAAGCAGACACUCGAAACACGACACAAGGACACGAAUGUUCACAAUGAGCAGAGUUGUAGUUGAAGAGCCGCAGCAAACGAACGAGGGCCGUUAAUAAACUUUUGUUAUCAACCAGGAAAACAAAAUGGAAAUGCGACUGCAGUAAGCUAGUUGCGAAAACAAAAACGAAGUUAAUGUUCAAACUAACUAAUAUAUAACGAAUAUUAUAUAAUACAACAAACUUAGACUGUAUGUUAUUUUCUCAAUACAAUACCUAUAAAAAACAAUAAAAACAGAUUCAAUAAAAUGAGUUAUCCAAUGGCAAAA